AUGAAAUUAUCACACCCCAUAAGAGUGUUAUUACUUGGAGCUCCAGGUUCAGGGAAAGGUACUCAGACUUCAAGAUUAUUGAAGGAUUUCCCCAUUAACUCCUUAUCUUCAGGAGAUAUCUUAAGAAGUCAAAUCAAAGAAAGGACCCCUGUUGGAAUAACUGCUCAAGAAUAUAUCACUAAUGGGAGUUUAGUACCAGAUAAAGUCAUGAUAGAUUUGAUUACUGGUCAUUUGAAGACGCAUAACUGGCUUAAUUCAUCAACUAACUGGUUACUUGAUGGAUUUCCUCGGACCAAACCUCAAGCUAUUGAAUUAAAUAAAGUGUUGGGAUCCCGCUCAUGUCCAUUGAAUCUAGUAGUUGAGUUAGAUGUUCCUCAAUCAUUGAUUUUACAAAGAAUUGAAGCUAGAUGGGUACAUUUGAAUAGUGGAAGAGUAUAUAAUCUCGAUUAUAAUCCACCUAAAGUUCCAUAUAAAGAUGAUAUCACCGGUGAACCUUUAACUAAAAGAGAUGAUGAUACUGCAGCCGUUUUCCAGAAAAGAUUAGAUGGUUAUAAUGAAGAAAUCAAAGGUUUGAGACAAGUUUAUGAAGAAGAAGGUGUAUUGUUCAAGAUCAGUGGAGAAACUUCAGAUAUUAUUUACCCACAAUUGAAACAAUUGGUGUUAGAUAAAUUUAGUUAG